GAAGUAUUUCAAAAUAUUUUUUUUUUAUUUAAUUUGAGUGAUUUUUCCAGCCUGUCAAGUUUUUUAAACAGUGAAUAGUGCAGUGCCUUUGUUUUGUGACGUUCGCCAUGAUUUGAACCAUGGAACUUUACUGUGACCCCUGAAAAUGCCAGUCGUGGUGACCGGUCUGCAUGAGAACUUGAAUUGAAUACAUGAAGAAUGUUUCACGUCCAAGGCUCGUUCGAGCAGUCGCUGCGGUGCGGCGACGAACUAUCGCCCAAUGGCAACAAGACGCUGGCUGCCUUGGCUAAGAUACACCGGCAUUGCACUGGCAAGGCACACGCCAACGGGUGCUUCGAUCACAAGCACAAUCCUCUCGCAAAAUCCGAUUCCAACACUAGCCUGCAGUCACGUAAAUCUUACCGAGGCGAAUGCAUAAUAGAAAUUAGAGAGGCCGACAAACAUCACCAAUUUAUGAGAAACAAUGACGGCUCGUACACCAAGAGCUUCAGCAAUAGCACCAGCUCGUACGAAGGCCAUAGUGACACGGAUUCAGAAAAUACUUCAAAAACCAGAAUGGACAACCAUACAAUAGCUGACCCAUGUGAGCGACUAUUCGCUCAGAAUACUAAAGCUUCUUUGAUGAAAACAGCCCGCAUGAGAUAUGCCGAUGACAGUGUUAUAUCUUCGCUUCAUGACGAAAUCGACGGCGAAAGGUGCAAAAAGGCAUUCAGUCGUACUCCUUUGAGGGGUAGUUACAGAGAAAGAAAAUCUGCUGCAGUAACUAUUGAAGAACUCAAUGGUUCUAAUUAUGAUGAAUAUUUGGUUGACGAAAAAAAGAAAUCGCCGCCGAUUUACACCAAGCCUGUUCUACAGCGGAAAGGGUCUGCUAAUUCGAUUGGAAAUGGCAAAGGAACAAACGGAAUAAAGCCGCCAUGGAGAGGUGCAAGCAAGAAUGGGAUUCCGACAGAGCCCUUAGCGCGGUCGCCUUCCCUGCGAGGGAGUAUUAGGAAGAAGGUGGUGAAUGGAGUACCCUGGCGGCGGCUCUACGAACUUUCGCUGUGGCGAAAGUGUGGCGUGAGCUUCGCCGCUGUCGGGGCUGACGGCGAACGCGCUUUGCUCAGACCAUGGGGCGAAAUGUCUUCCCAGCAGCACCCGCCGCCCUUCCUGGUAAGUCAAACGUCAAUAGGCCGCAAGCCGCAGGCAGCGUCUGCACUUUGA